UUGAGAGCAGGCAUUCCUACAAGAGGGUUUCAGAGCGAUGUGAGAACAAGAACAAGGAGGCGCAGCUUCAGCGAAGCAGGACAGAAAGAGACUUCAUUUUACUGUAACUGGAAGUUCAUUUACUGCUUUCUGAAACUUCUGUUCAAACAUGUACUGGAGGAAAACUUUGGAUCCAGGAUCAAGCUGCACACAAGAGUUGGAUGAUUAAAAGCAGAUUGAAGUUGAGAUUUGGCUUCAUUUGCUGCUGCUUCUUUUUGUUAUUUUAGUUUUGAUCAAUAUUGUUUUUUAGCAUUGAAUAUGACCAUGGAUGACCUAAUGUGGGCUGUCAGGACUCUGCUUGGACUGAGCUGUAUCCUAGCUGCUCAGGGACAGGGAGAACCCCCAGACAGCAACCCCUGGAGGCAGAUGAUCCAGUGGGAAAACAACGGCCGGGUUUAUAGCCUGCUGAAUAGUGGGUCAGAGUACCUCCCAGCAGGCCAGGACCACAGCCACAGGAACCCCCAGGUUUUGGUCGGAGAUGCAGCCGAUAGUUCACGGAGGACCCAAGGAAACACACGUAGGCAGGCCCCAUCAACACAUUCCCGAGGGACAUCUGAGACCAUCAGGGGACAGACAAGACAUCCUUUCGGAUUCGGACAAGUGCCAGAAAACUGGAGGCAGGGGGGAGAUGCCAGCAGUCGAUUCCGACCUUCUUCCACCAGCAGGUUAAGGCAAACUGGGUCUUCGUCUUCUUCUUCCUCUUCUUCAUUUUCCCAACCAUCUUUCAAUGUGCCUGCUUACCCACAGUACCCCUUCCCCCAGCAGCCUUCCUAUCCUGUUCCUUAUGACCCCCACCUUGUGGAAUUACCAUCGCAGGGUCGGAGCUAUGAAGACCAGUAUUCCAGAGGAACUGGGUAUGCUGGGGGUGGUAGUUUUGCUGGGACAGGACAACAGUUGCAGCCUAGACCCCAUUACGAAGAAUAUGGUGAGGAAACCUACAGACAUCAACCUCAAGGAUACAAUCCAUCACAAGGGAGGCCCUAUGUGCCCAAUGCCGCCCCUCAGCAGCCACCACAACCUCCAUUCUCAGGCGGCCUUGACCGCCGCUACACUCACAGUCUCUACCAUGAAGGGGCUGCAGCCCCAGACCCAUUAUCUCAGGGCACCUGGAACUCUGCUGCAAAUCCAGACAGGGUCAUUCCCCCUGUCCGGAGCCCACAGUAUGAACAGUACCCCCCCUUCCAGAGAGUGGAUCCCCUGCCAGCCGCAGGGACAGAGGAACAGCCUGCCCAGCUACCCAGAGUCAGUGUGGGGAGUGUCUACAGGCCAGUCCAGAGAGGAUUGCCAGACCUGGUCCCUGACCCAAACUAUGUUCAGGCCUCCACCUACAUCCAGAGGGCCCACCUCUACUCCCUGCGCUGUGCUGCUGAGGAAAAGUGUCUCGCCAGCUCUGCUUAUGGUGCUGACACCACCGACUACGAUGUCAGAGUGCUUCUGAGAUUCCCUCAAAGGGUUAAGAACCAGGGCACAGCGGACUUCAUGCCCAACAGACCACGUCACACCUGGGAGUGGCACAGCUGUCACCAACACUACCACAGCAUGGAUGAGUUCAGUCAUUAUGACCUGCUAAAUGCAGCGACAGGGAGGAAGGUUGCUGAAGGACACAAAGCCAGCUUCUGCCUGGAGGACACAACGUGUGAUUUCGGUCACCUGAAGCGCUAUGCGUGCACAUCGCACACACAGGGUCUAAGUCCUGGUUGCUAUGAUACUUAUAAUGCAGAUAUCGAUUGUCAGUGGAUUGACAUCACAGAUGUACUUCCAGGAAACUACAUCCUCAAGUUACAAGUUAACCCCAAAUACACGGUGCUGGAGUCCGAUUUCACGAACAAUGUGGUGAGGUGCAAUAUCCAUUACACUGGACGUGUAGUUACAACUACAAAUUGCAAAAUUACCCAGUCCUGACAUAUUUCCUAAGCUCUUGAAAGGCUGGUUUCCAUGGAAAUGCAGUUCAUGAAUGGACCCCAUGAGUCUGUUUACAAACCUAGAACAACCCGGGGCCCAGGACAUCACUGACAUCAACCAGCACUCAAACACUGUACCUACAAAGAACACAAUAUGACAGAUUUCUGUUUUUUACAUCUCUUGUAUUACUAUUAUUUUGUUAGAAGUUCAUUGGGGUUACUCAAUACAUUUAUUAAUGAAAACCCCUUGUUAAUAUCUCUAAAAGCCUCCAGAACAAUCAUUAUGUCUUGUGGAUUACAUCCAGAAGAUCAUUCUUGAAUGAAGAGGCAAAGACACUGAUUUGUCCUUUAAAGGUGUUUUGCUUAAUAUAAAUAGUGAUCUUCCACAGAAGUUAUACUGCUAAAUAUUGGUAUUAAUGUGUGUCAUAAAAUGUGCUUCUUAUCUGCAUGUGUCCAGUCUGAAUCCCCCAUCCAGUAGUCGUAGUUUGACCCACCAAGGAGCAGUUUAGCAAGGGACUGGAUGAUCCAGAACUACCUAUUACUCAUCUGGAUGGUCUUACAGUAUUCCAUUUAAUUCUUCAAGUUUUCAUUGCUUUGUUUUUUAGCGGCGGUAAGUUAAUACCAUACCAUUAGGGCUACUCAGAUAUAAACCUAAAAAAGUCACUGUUAAUCAAGUUAAUUAAUUAUCAAAACAUUAUUAUAGUUUAAAGGAAAUAUAAAGAGUUAAUAAUAAAGUAAGCACCCGGUCAUAAUGAAACUGGAAGGGUGUUUGUCUAAUAUUUGCCAAAUGAUUUUGAUCGAAGAUCUUUUAAUAGCUGUUGGGUGCUUUAGAGAAUGCUCUUUUAUAGCAAUAUGUGAUUGUUCUGUUCACACACUAGAAAAUCAAUCCAGCAAGUUGCUACAGUAUAAGAGUAACAACAGAUAAGCAAACAAACAAACAAACACACACAAAAAGAGCAAGAAAACAUUUUUUUUAAAUAAUACCAUGUUUUGCACUGGGACUGUGCUUGUGUUACAUCAGUAAACAUUUCCCUUUCCUUUUCUUUCUCUCCACUGUGAGAGGCAGAUGUUUAGUUUGGCAGGAUGUUACUGCUCCUUCACAUUUCUCAUUGUCUAAAUACGUUUAUCCUUCCUUAAGCCCCCAUUCCACCAAAUAAUUUUUGACAGACUCCAAAGGCAGAACAUUUCUAAUGCAAUACCUUGAGAUGGUAUUGGCAGCUCUACACUGGGCUGGAUUGUAAUCACUGAGCACUAUAGACAGACAGGAACAGCUAUUUUUAAUGUGUGUAUUAUAUCCUCUGUAUGUGUAUACAAUCAUUACAUUUUUUAAUCAAAGAUUCAUAUUAGGGAAUAAUUUAUGGCUGUAAACUAAAUACAGAUGGUUUUAUUAUGCAAUUGCUUGUUUCCACGUCUCUCAGGCUGUUUAUAAUGAAAUCCCUGUUUGCAAGCCUGAAGGAUAAAGUUAUAAAGGUAUGAGCAAAUAUACAUACACUCCCAUCCCUAACACUGAUUUGGAGCCAGCUCAACCUGGGAGCGAUGCCAAGCAUUUUAUUCAUGUUUCCAAUUACACAUUAAUUAGAGGAUAAAGAGUCAUUAAAAGCAUCUAUGUGAAUGAGAAUCAUAUUUAUUUUGCAGGUACAGCCUUUGUGAUACACAGGACUUACUAAUUCAGGAUUCCUCAUAAUUCUGUGUCUGUUUGUUUAAUUUGUCUAAAGAAUUCCUCUUUUUAGGAACACACGAUUCUUGCAGCUGGAUACAGUGUGCAACCACAUAUGCUAACCAGAUACUAAUUUGUUUGGUCUAUGGGGAAGCGAGUGGCUAAUGUUUGAUAAAGUAAAGCUCACAUCAGCCGUGCUUUUUGGUCAAAGCAUGUUGUUGGCUGAAAGCAGGUCAGUCACCAGGGAAAGCAACUGGUUGGAUAAUGGCAGGAAAGAAGCCGUUGAAGGCUGGAGACAAUUUCACAACAUGGUCUGCAAAGAGAGAUGCCUUAAUUCAGAUCUAUAUAACUAAUGAAAAUUCAUAAAAAUUAUGAUUUAUGGAAUUAUGUUGUGAGCUAAAUCACUUUCAGUUUGGUCUGUCAGUGGUUUGGGGCCUUAUCCAUAACUAUCAACAACUUUAAAUUAGUGCAGCUUGUUCUGUAUCAUUAUCUUGCUGUACAGUUACUUUUUUUAAAAAGGGUCCUUGUCGGGGAUGGUUUGUCCCUUUUGCUUAGCAAUUAAAUCUUGGGCUUCUUUUUUGGGUGCUACUGAGUCAAGGGGUGUUACUUGCAUCUUUACAGUACUGUUUUGCCUUUUCUUACAUGGAAAAGUGUUUGAAAUUGAGCUACUGACAUUGGAAGCAACUCCUCACAGACUUACUGAGAAAAGGAGAACACAAGUGUGGAGGGGGUCUAUGGCAUUAAUAAUGUAUUAUCGUGAGCCCUGAACUCAGGGAGUUAUUAUGUUGUAUUGUAGCUGGAACCCUACUGUAAGGUUUCUGUGUUAGGUAAUGUGGGAUUUUACUGUAGGGGAUAGCUAUGGUGGCUGAGAAGUGCAAAGAGGUAGCGAAUCUACACAGAGAAGUAGAUACAAGUCCCCUGGUUGCACUUCUCGGACUUCAUAAAUAGCCACCGUAGAUAGCAGACAUUGAAAAAUACUUUUUUGAACUUUGUAUAAGCUCCAUAUAAAUAAAAUAAGUGCAUAAAUACAUUUAAG